AUAAUAGUGGAUGAUAAAUAUUUAAUGUUUUGAUGUCCACACAAGAAAAUAUGCAGACUUAGAAGACUUAUUUCUUUUUUGUUACGGUUGUAUAAAUAUAUAAAUCUUAACACAUUUUCUCAGGAAAUAUUAUAAUUAUUUCGGUGUUGUUUCGGAAAUGCAGUGCUACAUUAAAGUGUUACUGCUGCUUACAAUAAUAUGUGGAAAUCAUUGUUUUUAUGUUCCUGGUGUAGCGCCCGUCGAGUUUGUGCCUGGUCAAAAAAUCGAUGUUAAGGCGGUAAAAAUGACUAGUAGUCGGACACAGUUACCUUAUAUGUAUUAUUCACUGCAAUUCUGUAAACCAAAAAAUGGCACAUUUAUAUAUAAGUCGGAAAAUCUUGGUGAAGUUUUACGUGGCGAUCGUAUUGUGAAUACGCCAUAUGAACUUCAAAUGGCAGAAAAUAUAAAUUGUAAAUUAUUGUGCAAUGCAAAGGGCCUACCGGUAAAUUGGGAUAAGCCACAAUCAUCACUAGUUGCUCAGCGCAUACGUCAUGAAUACUUUGUACAUCUUCUUGUAGAUAAUUUACCAGUAGCGACUAGAAUAGUCAACCCAAAUAAUCGAAAUGAGAUUAGCUACGAACAUGGAUAUCGCUUAGGCCAAAUGGAGGGUGGCAAUGUAUACAUUAACAAUCAUUUAAAGUUCAUAUUAUCCUAUCACAUGCAUACAAAAAAUAAGUACCGUGUGGUUGGCUUUGAAGUUGAAACCUCUUCAAUUAAUUUCAACGAAAUCAAAUUUGAAGGGGACUCUUGCAAUUAUCCAGAUAAUGCGCGUCCACAAAUGGUUAACCAAGAUGGCGAAACCAAGCUGUAUUUUACAUAUUCCGUUGAAUGGAAAGAAUCCCAAGUAAGCUGGGCAUCACGUUGGGACAUAUAUCUUGGCAUGAAAGAUGUUCAAAUUCAUUGGUUUAGCAUUAUUAAUUCUCUGGUUGUUGUUUUCUUUUUAUCUGGUAUUUUGACAAUGAUAAUGAUACGAACUCUUCGUCGGGAUAUCGCGCGUUAUAAUACUGAUGACAACAUUGAAGAUACACUUGAAGAAACCGGAUGGAAACUAGUGCAUGGCGACGUUUUCCGUCCACCCAAAAAUACACGUUUAUUUUCAGCUGUUAUUGGAAGUGGAAUACAAAUAUUUUUUAUGGCUUUAAUAACUAUCUUUUUUGCCAUGCUGGGUAUGUUAUCACCAUCAUCACGAGGAGCUCUUAUGACAUCUGGUAUAUUUAUGUAUGUUUUCAUGGGAACAAUUGCUGGGUAUUUCGCAGCAAGAUUAUAUAAAACAAUGAAGGGGCGUGAAUGGAAAAAGUCUGCAUUUUUAUCGGCUACUCUGUAUCCAGGAAUAGUUUUUGGAACUGGAUUUAUACUUAAUUUUUUUAUUUGGGAUAAAGAAUCGAGUGGUGCAGUGCCAUUUACAACAAUGAUCUCAUUACUUUUAUUAUGGUUUGGUAUAUCUGUACCUUUAGUCUAUUUAGGCUAUUACUUUGGCUAUAGAAAACAACCUUAUCAACAUCCUGUCCGUACUAAUAUGAUUCCUAGACAAGUACCAGUUCAACAUUGGUAUAUGAAUAUAAUUCUUAGUACUUUAAUGGCUGGAAUUUUACCAUUUGGAGCUGUUUUCAUUGAACUGUUUUUCGUAUUUACUGCAAUUUGGCAAAAUCAGUUCUAUUAUUUGUUUGGUUUCUUGUUUCUGGUGUUUUGCAUUCUGGUAGUGAGUUGCGGCCAAAUUUCAAUUGUAAUGACAUAUUUUCAAUUAUGUGGUGAAGAUUACCGUUGGUGGUGGCGCAGUUUUAUCGUUUCUGGUGGCUCAGCUGUUUAUGUUCUGUUUUAUAGUAUAUUUUACUUUUUUACCAAAUUAGCAAUUACAGAAUUUAUACCAAUACUUCUAUACAUGGGAUAUACAGGUUUAAUGGUCUUAACCUUCUGGUUGCUGACAGGGACAAUUGGCUUCUUUGCAGCAUACAGUUUUAUAAGAAAAAUUUAUGGAGCUGUUAAAAUUGAUUAAAUUUAUUUCUCCAUUUAUUGUAUUCAAAUAUAUUGAACAUGUACCAAUCAAUUCGCUUUUUAUGUAUUCUAAAAGUUUGAACAUUUGAAACUUAUUUAAUUAAUUAAUUAGUAUAAAUAAUUUCAUAUAUAUAUUUAAAAUGUUUGUUUUCAUAAUGUCGAAUUCGCGCAGUACAUAGUCCUAUAUCACUAUAAUUAUAUCUUAUUUAAGUCAAUUCUUAUUAUGUAGGGAGAAACUUUAUAUAUAACAUACUUUUUAUAUAUGAUCCUAUCGAAGUAUUUUUUUUAUUUAUUAGUUAGUAUACUUAAUUUUCAUUAACAUAUUAGGGAAUUCGUGAAAUUGUUCUUUGAUUUGUGUUUUCUGACUUAAUAAUUUAAGUUUAAUUCUUACUUAAGCGCUCAAGAGUGAAACUUUGAGAAAUAUUAAAAACUACUCUUUUAAUACUUCACAAAGAUGAAGUAAAAUAAAAUUGAAGAAUUCAUAGAGUUAAAAUACGUAACUUAAUUGUAAGUUGUGUUAAUACAUAAUUGUAAGUGAUUUAAUUAUUAAACUUAAAUGAGAACCGACCGAUUUCAAAUUUAAUAUUUUAUACAUAUUAUUUCCAUAUUACUACAUCCUUCCUAGUGACAGUAGCUUAAGUGGAAAUAAUCAAUUGAAGUAGCUAUUCAGAAUAUAUGUAUUUCCAAACUUUAAAUGUGUUUUUCAUUAAAAACAAGCUUUUGCUACUCAUCACUAACAAAUAUGUGAAUAAAUAUGUAUAUUGUACUAUUUGGUUUUAUAAAUAUAUCUCACAUCAUUUACUAAAGUAAAUAAAACAAAUACUGAACAUUUUUUCACUACUCAGUGGACUUUUUUCAAAUAGUGGACUUUUGAUAUACACUUAACACAAAUAAUUAUAUUCCAAUCAAUAAUUCGCUCACAUGACUUCAUUUUUCAAUUAUUCACUUUAACAGAUAAGCAUUUCACAUUGUCCACUUAAAUGCAUUUUAUACAUGCAAACAAACUCCUAUAGUACACAUAACAACAUUGUUGCUGUUGCAAAUUUUUUUUCUUUGUUUUUUUUUAUUUUGCCUAUGCUUUUCAAACUCAAAUAUAUGUAUAUAUUACGCAGUGAAAUAAGAAAACCAGAGAAAAUAAUAAGAAAAUAACACGCCUAAAAACGUUAUCAAUGUUAAUGCUAAUAACAGAAUAAUAAUUGCGGAAUUUAUACAGGAAAAUCUGAAAAAAAGCUGUAUACAAAUUUUCAAUGUUAAAAACUUUCUUGUACAAUUUAUAGUUUAUUUAUUGAAGAUAUUGAAGAACUCAUACGCAUCAGAUGCGUUAGUAUAAGAGAACGAAUAUACACAUUUAUAUAUUUAUUAAUUUAA